AUGUCUCGGAUCCCGAAAGAUCAGUGGCAGAGGCUUCAGCUUAUUCUGCAGAACCGGAACAAGUACAAGUAUGGGGGCUUCCCAUCCGGUGGAGGUGGUGGUGGACUGGGCGCGUCAGCAGCUUUGAUUGUCCUCGGUCUCGGAGGAUGGGCUCUGUCAAACACGUUGUUCAACGUUGAUGGUGGUCACCGCGCAAUCAAGUACUCUCGAAUCGGAGGUGUCAAGAAGGACAUCUACCCGGAAGGAACCCACAUUAUGAUUCCCUGGAUCGAGACCCCGAUCAUCUACGAUGUCCGAGCGAAGCCGAGGAACAUUGCUUCCCUGACUGGUACCAAAGAUCUACAGAUGGUGAACAUCACCUGCCGUGUGCUUUCAAAACCUCGGGUAGAUGCUCUUCCUCAGAUCUACCGAACCCUCGGCCAGGACUUUGACGAGCGCGUGCUUCCAUCUAUCGUGAACGAGGUUUUGAAGAGCGUGGUUGCCCAGUUCAAUGCCAGUCAGCUUAUUACUCAGCGUGAGAAUGUCGCAAGACUUGUUCGCGAUAAUCUCGCUCGACGAGCUGCUCGUUUCAACAUUGUCCUAGAUGAUGUUUCUCUUACGCACCUGACAUUCUCGCCCGAAUUCACCGCCGCUGUCGAGGCCAAGCAAGUCGCUCAACAAGAAGCCCAAAGGGCCGCUUUCCUAGUCGACAAGGCUCGCCAAGAGAAGCAGGCGUUCAUUGUCCGCGCUCAGGGUGAAGCCCGCUCGGCCGAGCUUAUCGGAGAUGCGAUCAAGAAGAGCAAGAGUUACAUCGAGCUUCGGAAGAUCGAGAACGCCAGGCACAUUGCUCAGAUCAUCCAAGAAAGCGGCGGCAGGAACAAGCUGUACCUGGAUUCUGAAGGCCUUGGGUUGAAUGUGAACGCCGGAUCAGAAGUUGACAAGAAAUAA